UCGUUUUUUUGUCUAAAGUAAAAUAAGUUUUAAAAUAUAUUCAUAAAAGAGAUAUUAUUGAUUGCAUCGUUUCGUUGGUUUUCAUUGUGGGAAUGUACAUACAUAAUUCCCGCUCAAUCGGAAGAUUCUCCGAAGGGCGUCUUCGUGCGUUUCCGUGUUUCUUCGUCGGCUCACGAAAGCGCUUGUACGGCGCCACGAGCGGGCUUAGUCAGUCAGUCAGCCGCGAGCCGUGGUGAAUAGAAGGUGUAGUGAUUGUUUCUGUGGGUCGACGGGCCAAAAAUGGCGGAGCGUACGAAGACGACAGCCCCGGCCACCCGGCCCGUUCCCAUGAAGCUGUUUGCCACUUGGGAAGUGGAUCGCACAGCACCGAACUGUAUACCCAGCAAUCACGCGAGAAACGUUUUUUGAAAGGCAACCUGACCGCGAUAACUGCUAUGCUGGUCGUUUUAUCAUGUUGAGGGCAUUAUGGUGUCCAUAAAAUUCCACAAAAAUGUUUACAAACUUACAGGCUGUGCUCUUUGACCCUGACCCGACUGAUAAUUCUACGGCCAUUAGGUUCCGAUUUAACUUCCAUCAGCAUCGCCGUGAAGAUGCAAAGCUCGAAGAGGACCCUUCGCUCGAACGAGAUGGCCAUACCAACUAGUGGCAUGCUGGAUACAGAACUAGAGCUUCAAUUUGCCCUACAGUACCCCCAUUUUCUCAAGAGAGACGGAAACAAACUUUUGAUACUGUUGCAAAGGAGAAAACGAUAUAAAAAUCGUACGAUGCUCGGAUACAAGACCCUUGCUGAAGGAGUCAUCAAUAUGGCUCAAGUGCUACAAAAGCAAAUGGACUUGGAACUCGAACUGGUGUCAGACAAGGCUGAAAAGUACGGUGGUCAUUCGGUCGCUUUAGCUCGUGUGACCGUGAUCGCACUGACCUCUCAGCCGGUCGACCAGGACAAAAGACUGAUGAAUGACCCGAACGAAAGGCUUUGCCCGGAGUACAGCGACGAAGAGGAGGAAUUCAGCUCGGAAGGCGAGGCAGAAGGUAGCGACAGCGAGCCGACUCUCGAGAUGCAUAGGCGAAAGAGCCGAGCGAAGAUUCCAGCGAAUGCCAGGCAAAGAAAUCUGAAGCAAAAGUUUAUAGCCCUUCUGAAACGACGGUUCAGAGUAUCCGAGGAUCUGGAUCAGGAUCAAGAAGAGAUCGGUCAGAAGCUUUCAGGCGGAGACAUGGAGAUCGAGGAAUUGUUCGACGAACUCGAAGAUUUGUCAGAUAGCGGUCCAGAAUUGGACACCAUGUCCGUCAGUAGCACACCUAAACCAUCCUUACGACCUUUCUUCAGCUCUAGUAGAUCGCUUCUCGCGCCUCCUCAUUCCGUAGUUACCAACGAGGAGACCGGAAGCACUCCUACGACAGCCGUAGGUCACCAGAGCGCAGGUCAGCCAGCUAAAGAGAAACAUCGUAUCGGACACACCACUCCAGAACGUGGCGUGGAUAGGCAAAGCGAUGAUAGCUCCCGACGCGCGGACAGCGAUUCACACCCCGAAAAUUGGACAGAUCACGAGGCGAACGAUCCACCGAAUUAUGUUCCUGGCUCCCCGCCGAAAUCGGAGCAUCACAAUAAGAGCGAGAGUUCCGACAGACGGAGCAGACUUUUUACUCGCGACAGAGGUGCACCGGGUAGUAAUAAGUCGAAAAAACACAACCUGAGCGUUGAUUUAAAGCCACCCGCCGACUUGAAUAGCUCCGAGCCAAGGAAGGCGUUAGUCGAGCAAUUAAGUCGGGUUUUACCGGAUGACAGUUUGCCAGACUCGGUAUCGCUGGUCUCGUUAGCUGAUCCUGGCGGAGCUGUGCUUGCCACGAGACUUCAGGAAAGAAACCACAGAGUACUGACAACCGCUUCUCCAGCGGACAUUCGUGCCACGUUCACGUGCUUGGUCACGCGAAUACAAAAAUUUUGUAACAGCUCCGCAAAGCCGCCGGCGCCCAUCAAAGUGGUGAUCGCAGGUGGCGAUAGUUUUGUAAACGCGGUUCUGCGUUAUUACGUGGACCAGCUCAGCUUUCGACCGCCAGAUUGGCAAAAUUAUCUGAAAUUUCUGGUCGUGCCGCUCGGUUCCAAUACGCUAUCUAAAUAUCUCGGUUCGAUAGACACAAAGUACUCUAUGCUUUUCGGCGAGGAAUGGAAGGAAUUGCUCGAGAGGGAAGGAGGUGGCGUGAGCGAGGGUGCCGCCAGGGUGUCGGAGUAUUUAGCAGCCGCUGGUACGACUUUACUGCUACCAAUUGCUGAAGCCAUGGUCACCUACAGAGAGACAGACGACAGCAGCCAAAUAUUCAUCCCGUUCAUAAACGACGUUCGAGUAGGCUGUCCAGAUAGCAGUUCCUCAGCAUCGGUAGAUCUCGAGGAAAGUAACGUUACCAUGUCUGGUUCUCCACCGUCGUUACCACCCCCGGGAUUACCUGUUCCACCUCCUGGUCGAUUAACACCACCCAGCAGUCCCAAUGUUGGUCAACCUUCGAGAGAAGGCUGGGAACCAGUCGAGUUACAACUUGAUUACUGGAGCAAACAGACCCAAGGUGAAAAAGGCAAGAACACGUUGAGACAAGCGUUCAGAGCCUUACACGUUCAGAGACUUCCACCAUUCGGAGAAACGCCUGGUCAUCAUCUGUCCAUGAAUUACACCACCAAGGAGAAGAAACAGAAAAUAAUGAGACUGGGCAAAAAGAAAGAAAAGGAAAAGGAAAAUGAGCCAAAGAGUCAGACAGUCGAAGGCGUGACGCGACUUAUAUGUUCCGCGAAAACUCACAACAUUCCAUUAAGAGUGAGCAUCGACGGUACCGAGCGGUACGGUGUGAAAUUCUUCCAACUAUCAGCGCAAUGGCAAACGCACAUCAAGACAUUUCCGAUAGCUUUGUUGGAAUACAGUUCUCAACAACAAGUUCCCAAUCCUACGUAAACUUCCCCUUUUUUUUUCCUAUACGUGAGAGGCUAGAUAUUUUUGCCGAUUUCGUUUGUGUUCAUGGAUAUUGCCAAUUAGGAUCAUCAGCUUGGCUUACGCGCAGAUCCAAUAACCAUCAAAUCUUUAAAACAAAAAGCGAAAAAAAAAAAAGAAAAAGAAAGAAACAUAAUGCAAUAGAGAACGAGUUUGAACAGUGAAAGAAAAAUUUGCUUCUUUAAGCUGGAUAUCGUCGAAGCUGAUUCAGGCAAGUAAGUACCUCAGUGUUGUUUCCGUUUUGUUUGAUUCUUCCUUUUCUUGUUUUCUUCUUCUUUCACCUGUCGUAGUCUGUUAUUAAUAGUAAUCAAAAAUAUUGUACAUGUAUUCCUGAAAGUGAAAAAACGAAAAGAAGUGUACAGAACACUGGAAGUGGGUAACACAUAUCGUAUUACAAUUAACAUAAAUGAUGAUGAUGGAUUUCGUUUGGUUAUGGAAAUGCCGUAUUGUUUGAAACAAUUUACACGUUAGAACACGAUUCUCGGGUGUAAACUGUGUGUGUGUGUGUGUGUUUUUUUUUCUUUUUAAUUAUAACGUUCCUUUGAUAUCGUAGUUGGUCUCUUCAGGAUCAAUCGACUGACUAAUUAUGGUGUAAGUUUUGUGUUGACUACAAAUUAGUAGAGAUUUUCUAUUAGUCAGCUGACUAAAAAAGUUAACGAAACAUAAUAUUGAAAAGAAAAAGGACUUUGUCUAGACCUGGAGGACAUAAAUUACACUUAUCGCCUAAGAGUAUUUUGAAAAUUUCAUUUUCAUUAAAUGAGCAGAUACUUUCAGACGAUAGUGUACGUUCGAAACAAUAAUUGAAGGCAGUGUAAGUCUGAAAACAAUCACGUCUGAUAUCGCUUUUAUAAAAAGAAGAAAACAGAACUGUUCAAAUCGGUUGCUCUCCUCCCUAUCCUCGAGCCACCCUUCGAUGUAAAUAUAGGAUUUUUAAAAAAUGGACAACAAGCAUAGAGAAGCAUCGGUUUUAUCGCGAGAACUGAUAUUGCUAAGAUAGAUCUUUGUCUAAAUUGCACGUCUAAGCGUUAAAUUAUGUAUUUAUUUAAAAUGUAUUCUCUACGAUCGCGUGUAAGGAGCAUCAUAUACGAGGUGAUGUUAUCGAAGAAAAAAGUCUGUGUUACAGGCAAACAUUUCUCUUAGCGCACAAACCGUUGUUUAGAGAAAUAUGUGACUGUGUAAUUUGCAAAAUUUGGACGAUAAGAAAAAACAGCUUUGCGAGUCCUCUAUAAAAGAGAAGAAAAAAAAAAAAAAAUGAUGACGACGAGGAAUAGAGCUCAUUAGUUGUUACACUCCUUUUCUUGUUUAAGAUUUCGACGUACCAGUGGUUGAAAAAAGUAAUGGAAACACUUUUUACUCUUGCAAGUUAAAUGUUAAUAAAAGAAUUUUUUCAAUUUAAUUUCUUAUAAAAAUAUUCAAAUUUAAAAUGGUGAUUACAGAAAUGUAAUACUAAAGGCAUUGCAUUAAUUUAUAGAAAUUUAGAAAUUUAGAAAAUUAAAAAUUAAUGCAAUGAAUGUGUUAAUUAUAAUUCUUUCCCUUUGUUGAAUUAUUCGACAUCAUCAGUAUUCGAUACAGUAUUGAUUCUUAAAAUUCUAACCAUUUCACAGUGUUUCCAAUCAUUUUCUCCGCCCUCUGUACAUUUUUUUUGUAUUCCAUUUUAUAUAGACUUUUAGCCCCAGGCUGCUGCUGCUGCUGCUGCUGCUAGUUUAAAUACUCUAUUUUCGGAUUUUAUUAUUUAAUAACUUUUAUUCCUCUUAAAAACGACCUUCUUCCCUGACUUCUACCUAGAAAUGAUAUAUAUUCAUUCGCGAUUAUUAUUUAGAAAUAAUAAUUAACCAUAGACGAAAAAUGUUGAAAAGGAUAUUUACGCGUUUUUUCGAUAUGAAGUCUAUAAUAUACGUAAUACAAGUAUAAUUAAGAAAGAAACGACAAAAUUCUACAUUUCUUAUUAUUAUUAUUCUUAGCGCUAGUUUCCUUUAUUUUUUCUUUUUUCAAUCAACGAUCAGAGUUCAAGCUCCCUUAACAUUUAAAAAAGAUCAUAUCACGAGAAACAAUACACGAUAAGAAACUGAAGCACGUUAACGUGGGUCUUUGAGAGAAUGAGAACGUGUACAAGUAAAUAGAGGAAAUGAUAAGCGUAGCAGUAACUUUAAUUCCUUCUUUUUUUUUCAAUUAACAAUGAAAGAAACAGAGAACAAUGCACUGUUCUCGGCGAUGUGUUAGCCGUCGCUCAGACUGCCUAAUGCCAAAUUGAAAGAGUAUGUGCGCGCGCGCGCGCGUGUGUGUGUGUGUGUGUCAGUGAGAGAGAAAUGUUUAUUCGAUUUGUCCAGACGAAUUCAAAGACUUGAGAACAGAAAUAUUCUGUGAGAAAAAAAAAUGCUAUUCGUUGGUGGCGAUUUUUAUCUAAUUGACAAUGGAAAACUGAUUCCACGAACACACACGAGUACGUAAUCCCCUUUUCCAUUUUCUUUGCUAGUCCGCAAUUAGUUUUUAACGAAACUUGUGCAAACGUAUAUAGUGUUACAUUUUACAGUUUUUAAACGGCUCCGAGCAAUACCCGUUUCUUACGGAUUCCUGGCGUAAAUAGUUCACUUUAACCCUUUGCGCUCUGAAUUUUCUAAUCGAAUCGGCUCGAGUAUCCGAGACGUAUGAAUUUUCGACUGUAUCAGAUAGCAACUGAGUUUCUAAGCAAUGUUCGAUUACUAAUUCUAUUUCUCUUUCGUGCAAUGUUUGUUAUAUAAAUUAAUAAUUUUUGAAGAUAAAUAGUUUUGUAAGAAUUGAUACUACUGUUUGAGUAUCUUGAAAAGGUAUUUGAAUGGAAAUGUGUGCCUGAAAGGCAUAUUUGGAGAGCAAAGGGUUUAAAGUAGCAGUAGACAGCGUGAUGUAAUCUGCGAUCGUGUUAAUUCGUUUAUAUGUGAUUUAUAUUUGGCAAAAAAAAAUGAUAAAAAUAGGUGUUAUAGAAAUAGAGUUGUGAAUUUAAAGAAGAAGAAAAAAAAAAGUAAUUGAUUUAUAAAAGAUUAACCCUCUUGCUAUUUACAACCCUGCUCAUCCAAUGUAAAACCUUCAUAAUCGAAAGUAUCGACAAACAUUUUCAAAUGAAAAUUAAAAAUAAAAACAUUUAUGUAAUUAUACAAGGAUAGCGAAAGGGUUAAUAGAGAUAGAGGUAGUAAAAAACAAAUGGCUCAAAAUAAUUAAAAAUUCAUAUGUUUAAAUAUCAUUUCUUUUCUUUAAUUAAUAUGUUAAGAAAAUAUAAUUCUGUUAUACGUAUAAAUUAUUUAUUAACGUUCAGUUUAUUUAUUUCUUAGAAAUCUGAUGUUUUAACAAAUUUGAACAAUUCAAUAACUUGAAAAUUAUUAUUUUUACCAACAGAUGUGACUCAAAUGUAAAGGGGUUGAUAUUAACAAAUGAAAAGUGUUUCAUUUCAUCACCUCCUGUGUAUAAAGAAAAAAAAAAUAAUACAGAUGUUAUAUUAUAUUAAAUAAAAUAUUAUUUAAUCUCUGUUUUUGUGAUGUACAAUAAAAAUUUGAACGGCGCUGAAGGGGUUAAAAGAUGCAAAGCUUUCCAACGCCAGCUUCUUUUCGUAUUCCCUUGAAAGAGAGGCCUCCGACUCGUCCUAGUUUACAAAAGCAUUCGAAAAAGGCAAAAGCUGUGAGCUUUUAGAGAAGUAUGCUAGCAGCCUGAGUAAAUGACAAAAAUCCAACAAAGAGACGUUUGUCGGAUACACACGCGCUGUUUACUGUCUCCUCUUUGAAUCAUCCUAGAUGAUUCAGCAAUCGAACCUGCCAUAACAUGUAUACAUAUAUGUUUAUACAAUACACGUAUAAAUAUAUAAAUAUUAUACAUAUACGUGUAUAUAAAUAUAGGUACUCUCGCAUUUGAUUAUGUACGGCGUUGCUUCGCAGUUUUGCACAAUAUCGUUGUUUUUUUUUUCGAGAUCACGUCUCCUACUUGCACGAUUUGGUAAAAAUAUCAUAAAAUUUCAUUCGUUUGAAUUUUUACUUAUCGUUAAUGUUGAGUUAAUUACUUUGAUUUGGUAUGUAUAUAAACUGUUACAUGUAGAUUUCAAAUUAUUUACAAUACUGACUGAGUUAUAAUAAACAUUUCAGAAGACUCGAAUAUUUUUUUGCUAAUUUUUCUUUUGCCAAAAGAAAUAAAUGGAAAUCGAUGCUUGUAGGCAACGCUAUCGAGAAUCGCCGGUGUUGACGAUAAACUGGGUUACACUGACAAUGAAAUUAACAUUGCAAUCUACAAACGUUUGAACGAUACCGUUUCAAUGACACCAAUUUUCAUUGGCGACAUUGUGUAAUACUAUACAGUUGAAAAGUAUAAUCUUGGUAUACAUACAUAUAUCAGAUGACCAAUUUCGAAAUGAAGUUUAAUACAAUUUGGUUACAUAAAAUUAACGCAAAAUACCGCUUAUGUUAUAUCAAUUUCAAGACCAAGUAUCUGUUGAUCAAUAUUGAACCAACGAAUACACGGUGUCAGUGAAAUUGAUGUUACCGAAAUAUUCCCUAUUUUCAUCCAAUAAUUCAAUGCAACUCGAUAAAGCACAUUUCAAUUCGCGUUUGUAGAGACUCGUGAACUUAUUCGGUAUUGAUGACACUGGUUUCGUUUGAUGCACACUAGUAAGGUGAUAAAGUUGUAAUGUUCCUCGAUCUUUUCCCACCUUCUCAUUUUCAUUUUUCCUUUGCUUACGUUUUGUCAACCGUCGUCGAACUUGUGUAACGAAUAAGCUUUGUUAAGACUUUUAGAAACACGUAAGUAAAGAACGUGUAAACGACGAUAAUGACACAGCUGUAACACAUGCUCAUGGUCCCAUUUGAUCGAUCAGAAAGAAUAUUAUACUCCUUCUUUUUAAAAAUACUUCAGAAAUUCAAUAGAAGAACCUAUUAACAACAUUUAAUCGUUAUUAAUUCAUCUAGAACGUAAUGACAGUUAGUAAUGAAGGUUACUCCUUUUAUUUUUUAGUUACUAUUAAGUGUUAUAGAACGAUAAUGCUUAUCUAUUUCAUUUCUAGUCGAAAUACGAGCAAGUUGUGAUACGAAAUGAUUUUUAAAAAAAGUAACCUUUCGAAUAUUUCAAAAGUGGACCGUGAGCACGUUUAUCAGACAAGCAUAUUCUAUAAGCGUUUGCUAUAAUGUAUUGUUCUUAUCGGUGUAUUAGUAUGUUUAAAACACGUACGGGCAGCCAGGCCCAAGCUCAAAGCUUACAAUAAUUAAAAGGCAAAAAGAGGUGAUUAAUAAUAUAUUAUACGCGUGUGUUUGGUACCAGCGAAUAAAAACAUUUAAAAAAAAAAAAA